CCUGACUGUUAAGGUUUAUGGAUUAGGUUGUUGUUUUCGAAAAUGGCGAUCGCGGAAGUCAGGUAGCACAAAUUGCAGGUGAAAACAGAUUAAAAUACUAUGCUGUGGCGAUUGUAUUUCGGUUGUGUGGUGCUCUGCCUACUUUGGCAGGUGGAGGGCCAGAUAAACGUUGUCGGUACAGGAGGACAGGGCACAUAUUAUUUGACGAAGUCCUCUGAUUGUAAUGCCAACCUUCCACGUGAGAUUGGGCAGUCCAGAGUUCAGAUCUUUGGAAAACAUUCUGAUGGGACUUCAUCUGUCACAUCAUGUACUCUCACACUACGGUCCACCAAUAUCCGAGAGCCGUACCGUAUCAAACUGCAGUUUACGGCGGUGACCAUCAGAGACGAGUCUACCCAUCUGUACAUCUAUGACGGACUGCCUCAGGGAAACCUAUUGCGACGGUUCAGCAGAGGUGAAGGUUUGCCAUCCAAUCUGGACUUUAUCUUCACCACAGGGGAGCUGGUAACGUUCAAGUUCAGUCGAGGAGAGCUGGAAUUCGACUUUGACAUCAAUAUAUUGGUCAUCCCAGUGCCUUCGGAGUCUACAAACUGCAACUAUGAAAACGAAGGAAACUGUGGCGAGUACGGUUACAGCUACCGCCUUCUGGGCACGAAGGAGAUAGCGGGGAUCGUGGCUGGAGGAUUUGGACUGGUGGUCAUCAUCGUGGUAACCAUCAUAUGCUGCUGCUACUGCAAGCAGCGGGGCAUCACGAAGAAGUGGAACGAAGAAAAGCUAGGUCAUAUAAAUACUGCUGCUAGUUUGCAUAGUCUCAAUGGACAUGUUGCCCGAACGAAUACCCAAACCUCUACCGCAAAACCGUGGACCACCUCUGAGAGUGCUCGCAGCAAUGGGUUUGCGAGCAUUCGUAGGUCUCCCAGCCUGCCCAGGGCCAAGAUCGCGCGUCUGUCUCAAAGAGGGGACCGGGAUAGCUCGGUGACAGACAGCAAUGCCAGUUUGCCAGAGAGUCGACCGCUGCCCCCACCUGGCAGAAGCACCCGGGGAGGAAUGUCGGAGCGUAGCUACAAUCCCCGGUCAGAGAGGAGCUACAAUCCCAGGUCAGAACGCAGCUACGGUAGGAGCAAGUCUAACGAGAAGUUCAGAGAUGACAGGUCUUCAGAAGACUCGGGGUCCUACACGACCGAUAGGAACUUGAGUGAGAAGAAUUUCAAGCCUCCCACUUACAGAGAGGCACUCAGAAAAGAUGACGAAGAUGAGCAUAAUUCCUCUGCUGACAGUCAUACGUUUGUACAGGCGGACGAAAGUUCCAGCCAGAAAGUGUUUAUCGAGAGAGUCAUAACUCCGAGAGUGAAACAAACUACUGAUCACUCGCCCAAAGUGCAUAAGAAGGUUGCAGCUAUUCAAGCCUCACCAAAGGCCGCUCCUCGUGUUCCUCCGCCCCCUGAGGAAGAUAUGGAGUAUGACUCUAUAGAGCCGAAGAAAGGAAAGCUGAAAGGUCUCGUAGACAGAGGGGUGGAUGCUGAUGCCAAUGAGGAGACAGAUGAAUCUGACACUGAAAAUGAAUCAGAAGAAGAGUCAGAAAGCGAGGAGACAGAAUCUGAGGAUGAACCAGCUGCAGCGAAAAAACGAGACAAGAAUGACUAUGUGUACUCACAGCCAGAUAAAUCAAAUCAGAAACAAGUCAGGAAUGGUAACAAGAAGACUGGCAAUGUUCCCGAGCCUCAAGUGGGUUUUAGACCCGUGCCCCCACAGGGCAACCCCCAGUACCCACCACAUAUGGUGCCCAAUGCCAUGGGGUACCCUGGCCCAGUGCUGCACCACCCCCAUGCUCAAUUCCCUGGCUACCCCCAGAUGGGUCCCCCUCAGGUACAAGGUUACCCACAAGGUCAAGGUUACCCGCAAGGUCAGCCUCUUUACCCUCCUCCAAACAUGGCUGUUCAACAGCCUCGGCCUGUUGUGCCGCCAUCUUACAACCAGGCUAACUUUACUGUUCCCUUAAACCAGCCACUUUCACAAAUGACACAACAGUAUCCUAACGGUCAUAUUCCGGAUAGGACAAAUACCACUAAAUCUAACCCAGGUACCGUUGGCAACCAGCAGCCAGUGUACUCUUACCUGGUUAACAGAGGUUUCAUGCCCAUGGAUGGUAGACAUUCACCGGCCAGUAAUUCUACUGGAGCCAGCAACUUGUCAGGGGACAGAAAACUGAACCAUGAUGACUCAGACUAUUCGGCUAACAUUGGAAGUGGGGUGGAGUUGCUGAAACGAAAGUGAAGUUUUUGUACAGUUAUGUUACAAUAUGUUUUGUGCUAAUUGAGUGGUAUGAUUCAUACAUCAAUUAUUGUUUUGUUGUUUUAAACAUCUAUUUUUCAGUUUGUGAAAUUUAAUAUACACAAGAUAACAUAGUUCUUUUCAAUUUGUUAUAUUCUAUAUAGAUGUCUGGCUAGUUUGUUAACCUUUAACCCACAAUGACUUCUUGAAAAUGUAUUGCUUUUCUUGAGGUUGUGAGUACCCAAUCAAGCUAAGUUUCAUACAGAAAAAACAUUUAUGUUUGAUGUACAGUGUAUGUCAUAUUCAAAAACGAAUGUAAAUGUAUGUGUUUCUGUGAUUUUCUCCAAUGAGUUGUGUUGUAAAUUGUGCAAUGCCAAUCAGUUGUACAUAGAUGUAACAUUUACAUCACCAUUUUAAGAUUUUUUCACAAACCCACUGUUAGAUUGAACAAAAGUUUGACGUGUUUCGUUACAUCUUAGACGAGUAAAACUUUAUUUUGAGAAUUAUGCCUCUUUUUAAAGAAUUAGGGAUGUAUUGCUUCCCCUUUGUUUGAUGGAAGGUCGGUUCAUACACCAUUUAAUGUCCGCUCAAUAUCAAGAGACUGCUUUGACAUAUGAUCGUGCACAUUGUUACUUGGCAUGAAAGAAAGAUGCCUUGCCAUUUUAUGGUCAAUGUAUCAAAUGUCAAGGUCGUGGAGCAUGUAACAUGAAAUGUGGCCCAUUUUGUUUGCACAUGAUAUCUAGAGGACACUUUGAACUUUCAUUUAAAUUAGUUUGCCGGUCAUUUGGUAGAAAAGAUGUACACCUAUUGAUAUUUAGGUUUACAGGGCUUAAAACAUGAAAUCUGGACCCAUUUGUUUUCACGCAAUAUAUUAAGAGCGCUUUGACCUAUGAUCAUGGGACUUAACAUCUGACAUAUGUAGUUGCAAUAAUUCAACUCUCAGCUUAGGCUGAGAGUUGCAAUGCGCUCUCACUUGUCCAUGGGUGCAAAUUGUUAUCAACAAUUCAAAGGUUAAUGAACACUGAAACUGCAAGAGCUUAUUAAAAUUUACCUAUCUAAACCACAAACUCAUCCAAAUGGUACCAUUAAAGCAAGAAAUAAUUGAUUUGUAUUGACUAAGGUUUUGUUUUGUACGCUGUAUCCGCCAUAUUGGAAAAUUGACCCAAUAUAGGUCAGGUCACAUUACACCAAUAUUUUGUACGUUGCGUUAUGUGUUGGAGCCAAAAAGUCGAUAACGAUGUGGUAUUCGAUACAGAAUACACUGUUUCAAAUUUAAACAUAACAAUGUCAGCGAGAAAAGUGUGUUGAAACAUCGUCGUGUUUUUAUCGGAUGCAUGCAAAGGAUAACAUCUGUAGGUUUCCAUUCAGGUAAAUUUAACAUGGUUAUGAAGUUUAUUUAUUAUUUUCCUCAAUUUGUCUUAAACCACGUCUGUAACUCCCUUUAGUGAAGGGCACGGAUUCCGUGCUCUGAAUUGCACCCAUGUGUAUGAAGGAGUGCAUAUGGACUCCCAGAGCUGCCAUAGCAAAAAUUAUCAAAGGUUCUGGGAGUCCGUUUAUAUGGACUACUGACAUAUGAUCAUCUAUGUUGGUAUGCUGGGUUUUUUUGGAAGAAAGGAAGACUAAUUGAUAUUGCUAUCACCAGAUCAAAGGUCAAGGUCACAAGAGCUUGUAAUAUUAAGUGUUAAUAUGCAUAAUUUAUUUAUUAAUUUCAAAAUCAUUAUACAUUUUAUACAUAUUGUAUAUAACACAGGAUAAAACAUUAUACAAUACAAUUGAAAUGACUUACUUAUUGUUUUUAAUAUUAUUUUAAAAAAAUGUUUUAAAGACAUAAAAAUUGCUUUUGACAGCCGUGUUUUUGCUGUAGUACUGUGGUAUAGGGAAAAAAAUGUACAUAGUACCAUAAUAAUUUGUAUGUAUUAAUUUUGGUACUUGUCUUUAUUUUAUAUUGUGAAUACUCCAAUCAAGAUGUUCAAUUUUGAUUCCAAAAAGGUUUAAAUAUAUUAUCCAAUUAUGUAGUCUAAAUGUCAGUACAUCACCCUUGCCUAUGCCUCCGAUUCUGAUGUAAAAAAUUUGAAUGUUUCAUGCAUGACUGAUUAUGGUAACCACUUCAAUCAGUAUGUUAACUUUCAUAGCCGGUGGGAACUGGUGGCUCAAUAGAAGAAUCGGUAAAGGAUGUAAUACGAUCAGUUAAAUAUAUGUUUACUGUAACACCCUUUUGUUAAGCCAGCAAAGAAGCUUUGGGGUUUUGCACAAAUUUUAUCCAUUUUAAACAAGUACACAAAUUAGAAAAUAGUGUAAGCAAAAGAUAUACUAGACUCAUUGUAAAGAAAGAAACUAUGACAGAGAGAUGCAAAGACAUGAUAAUGUUUUUGUUUUUUCUCCUGUUUGUUAUGUCAUGGAUCAGUUUUAAACUUAUAGAAAUCAUUAAAAAAUAUGGUAACAUUAUACGAAUAGGCAUUUAAUUUCACUUUGAUAUAAUUGCACACGUGUCAUCAUUAAUAAAUAAUACAGCUGAUAUUUACCACCAUAUAGCUGUUAAUGUAGUUUGUGUUUGAAAAACAGCUGUAUUAUGUUACACCCAAGCUGGCGGUUGGAGUAUAUCUUUGCUUGGAGCAUGACUUCGUCUAGGAUUUGUGGAUUUUCUAAUUCUUCAUUUUUUGCCGAUAAUAUUUUCACAUUCCCAAUGUCAGAUUCCAAGGUCAAUGGUCAAAUUUAUUACAUCAACAUCAACCCUCAUACUUUGUCCAGAUCAUUAUAUAAACAUUUUACUUUGUCAAGUAUGGAUGGAUUUUAUCAGAUUUAUAGAAGUUAUCAGCAUGAUGAAUCGGCACAUAAAAUUAUAGCAGCAGUUUCUUGGUCCAAGGUCAAAGGAUAAAUUAAACAAAAUGGUCCUUACAAUUUCUCAUGAGUGUUACUUUGUCCAAUUUACCAGACAGACAUGAUAAGCAUGAUGAGUCAUAGUAUCAGACACAGGAAUGAAGGCUGUAGAUGCAAGGUUAUACAGAAAGUUCAAGGUCAUAGAUCAAAUAUAAGAAACCAUCCUGUGUCAUAUCCUUAGUGUAACUUUGUUCAGUGUGUGGGGAUAUUAAAAAUUGAAAUGCACUGGAAUAUGUGACGGGACCAAGACCAAGGCCGCUAUGUUAAGGUUGCAACUCAUAAAAAGACAAAAUAUUCAUAUUUUUGACAGUUGUCAUAGAGACAUAGAGCACAUAAGGCACCUGGGAUUUUUAAUAAACUUUUCUUAAAUUAAAAACCUGAGAUGGUGUGGCGCACAAACCAACCAAGUCUUUAGAUUGAAGGUCAUGGUCAUAAUGCAAUUGUUGUAGGUAAAUGAGAGAAAUCAAAUGAGACUUUUAACAAUGUUUACCUGAAGUGAACUCUUGUUAUGAAAUUACCUUAAGGGUUUUAUGAGUUUAAAGUGUAUUAAAAUAUUUGUACAUAAUAUCAUGACAUAUCUUCACAAAUCCCUCAUUUCCAUGUGUAUUUUUUCAAACAUGUUUAUGUAUACAUGCAAUAUUUAUAUGUUUUUCUAAUAAAAUUAGAAGUAGUUUA